UUGGGCGCGACCGAAAAGAACAAUUUAAAAAUGGGUGAUGUUGAGAAGGGCAAGAAGAUUUUUGUUGAGAAGUGUGCCCAGUGCCAUACUGUGGAAAAGGAAGGCAAGCACAAGACUGGGCCAAACCUCCAUGGUCUGUUUGGACGAAAGACGGGUCAGGCUGCUGGAUUCUCUUACACAGAUGCCAACAAGAACAAAGGUAUCACCUGGGGAGAGGAGAUGCUGAUGGAGUACUUGGAGAAUCCCAAGAAGUACAUCCCUGGAACAAAGAUGAUCUUUGCUGGCAUUAAGAAGAAGGGAGAGAGGGAGGACUUGAUAGCUUAUCUCAAAAAAGCUACCAAUGAGUAAUAGUUGGCCACUGCCUUAUUUAUUAUGAAA